AUGGCCAAUUCAACCGAAAACCCAUGCUGGAAAGGACGAAGCUCGACUCAGAUGGAUGUGUACCGGCGGCCUUCGCAUUGCCCGGUAUGGAGGAAUCGGAGCCACGCCGGUACGCGAAUCUCUACCGACGGUUCUUCAGAAACGCUACCACAGAAUCCCUUCUGCCGGCUAAUUAAUUUCGAGAACGACGCGGCCGACGUGCAGUGUGUCGGAGAAUACCAGUCAUAUCAGCUCUCCUGCUACGUCCAGGCCUCGGCAAUGACACCCCCGGAUAACGACGACAAGAGUGCGUCAACCGCGGCUUCCCAUCAGGAAGGUAAAUCGCCCUCACACCUUUGGCUGCGCAGAACAUUGCAGCCCGCCAGCAGCCUCCUUUCCAGUGCUAAGGGGACUCUUCGAACUGUGGCAACGACUACCGCGAGGAUCCUGGACGAGGCUCGUGUAGAUAUCAGCACAUGGUGGUUGGCUAGCCGAAGAGUUCGGCUGUGGUUGGGACGACUGAUGAUUGCCUUGGUCACUAUCUCGACGAGCAAACUCCUGGCUUUUCACGUUUUGGGGCGAAACCGGCCCGUUUACGUGCUGGUCCACGUAUGCCAAUCCUGGUCAGUCGUGGCCAGUUCUGUAUCAGAGCCGUUAGCUCGCAUCGAAAGUGGCCAUAUCUAA